UCACGCACAGUUACUUCAUCUCACGCAAACCGAACGGACGUGCCGCGCCUCGUGCUCACCAGUUAUUUUUGUUCUGUUCCUAUCAGUAAAGUUACGUGCACGCACCGUCUAUUGUCCUGCCUGGCAACAAGCUACAAUGAAAUUUCUCGUUGUACUGAGUGUGCUCAUUGCCGGUGCGCUGGCUACCGGCGACGGCCCUAAGGUUACGGACAAGGUUUACUUUGACAUCACGAUCGGUGGGAAACCGGAAGGACGCAUCGUGAUCGGUCUGUUUGGUGGUACUGUACCGAAGACGGCACGCAACUUCAAGGAACUGGCAGAGAAGACCGCACCCGGCGAAGGCUACAAGGGCAGCAAGUUCCACCGGGUGAUCCGUGACUUCAUGAUCCAGGGUGGUGAUUUCACCAAGGGUGACGGUACCGGUGGACGUUCGAUCUACGGCGAGCGGUUUGCCGAUGAGAACUUCAAGCUGAAGCACUUCGGUGCCGGCUGGCUGUCGAUGGCCAACGCGGGCAAGGAUACGAACGGUUCCCAGUUCUUCAUCACGGUCAAGCAGACGAGCUGGCUGGACGGACGCCACGUCGUGUUCGGUAAGGUGCUCGAGGGUAUGGAUGUUGUGCGCAAGAUCGAAAACACUGCCACCGAUGGGCGCGAUCGUCCGACGAACGAUGUUAUGAUCGCUGACUCCGGCUCCCUGCCCGUCAGUGAACCGUUCGCAGUGGAGAAGAGUGAUGCCACCGAGUAAGGUGACACGCACACGAACGAAGUGUAAGACUUGGAUUUAGCUCUUGUUGGAAACCAAACGGGAAUGGGUGGUGAUAAAAGCAUAAAAAACAACGGACGGACUUAUCAAACUAUCCAUCCAACGAGAAAUGCCUUACUCUCUCGGGGGGCGAGUGAUCGAUCUUUCGCGUCGAAAAAAAAAGAGGACGGCAAAAAAGUGAUCCAACAAAAAAAUACAAAGGAGAUGGACAUACACAUGUGUUCGCAUUUAAGAAGAGAGAAAGAUCCAUUCGAUAAGUAAAUCUAAUUCACAACAAUAAAAACGAGACAAAAGAAAAGGAACAUAUUUUUAUGAUAAAUUUUACACUACAAACCAA